ACCCCAUUCGUCUCUCUCGCCAUUGAUUCAUUCUUCUCAAAACCCCAGUGAAGAGGAGCAGGGCCCCGAGCCCUAGCGAAGCGUAGAAGAUGAGCACCGUGGACAAGAUGCUCAUCAAGGGGAUUCGGAGCUUCGAUCCGGAGAACAAGAACGUCAUCACCUUCUUCAAACCCCUCACCCUCAUCGUUGGCCCCAAUGGCGCCGGCAAAACCACCAUCAUCGAGUGCCUGAAACUGUCUUGCACCGGCGAGCUGCCCCCCAACUCCAGGUCCGGCCAAAGCUUCAUUCACGACCCCAAGGUUGCUGGGGAAACUGAGACAAAAGGACAAAUUAAACUUCGAUUCAAAACAGCUGCUGGGAAGGAUGUUGUUUGCAUCCGCUCCUUCCAGCUCACACAGAAGACCUCAAAGAUGGAAUUCAAGGCCAUUGAGAGUGUCCUCCAGACUAUCAAUCCACACACUGGAGAGAAAGUAUGCCUCAGCUACAGAUGUGCUGACAUGGACAGAGAGAUCCCUGCCUUGAUGGGUGUCUCAAAGGCUGUCUUAGAAAAUGUUAUAUUUGUCCACCAAGAUGAAUCCAAUUGGCCGCUUCAAGAUCCUUCAACUCUGAAAAAGAAAUUUGAUGACAUCUUCUCUGCAACCCGUUACACAAAAGCUUUGGAGGUUAUAAAAAAACUUCACAAGGAUCAAGCCCAGGAAAUCAAGACAUACAAGUUGAAAUUAGAGAAUCUUCAAACUCUGAAGGAUGCUGCAUAUAAGCUUAGGGAAAGCAUAAAUCAAGAUCAAGAGAAAGCUGAAUCUAUAAUUACUCAAAUUAAAGACUUCGAGGAGAACAUUCAUGGUGUGGAGACUAAAAUCCUACAUGCAGAAAAUACUUUAAAGGAAAUACGGAAGCUUCAGGAUCAGAUUUCCACUAGCUCUACUACAAGAAGCACUUUAUUUAAGCUUCAACAGACACAAUAUGCUGCUCUUGCAGAGGAAAAUGAAGAUACGGAUGAGGAGUUAAAGGAGUGGCAAUCAAAAUUUGAAGAAAGGAUUGCCCUACUACAAUCAAAAAUUGGUAAGCUGGAGAGGGAGUUGAACGAUGAGGAGAUUAAAAGCUCCCUUCUUUCUCAGACAAUCAAUGAUUCAUUGCGAGAAAUUGGAAAGCUUCAAGCUGAAGCUGAUGCUCACAUAUCUUUGAGACAUGAACGUGAUUCCACCAUUCAAAUGCUUUUCACCAAGUAUAAUCUUGGUUCUCUGCCUGACACCCCAUUCAGCAAUGAGAUAGCUUCCAAUUUCACAAUGAGAGUUAAGACAAAGUUGUUGGAUCUUGAAAAGGACUUGCAGGAUAAGAAGAAAUUAGACAACAAAGAAGUAAGUUUUCUGUGGGAACGACAUGCUACAACCAAUGCUCGUCACAGUAAAAUUGAAGGCCAGAAGCAGGCUAAAAUUGAGUCGAAGACAGGUAUUUUAAAGCGCAUGAAAGAGAUAGAGAAUGAGCGUGAUGUUGCAGAACAUGAGUUGUCGAACCUUAAUCUAUCUCAUCUAGAUGAGAAGGAGAAAAAUCUGCAAAUUGAGCUCGAGAGGAAGACACAUCUGCUGGGGGAGAGAGACUAUGAUUCUAACAUCAACCAAAAGCGGACUGAAAUAUUUAGCUUGGACCAGAAGAUUAAAGCCCUUGCCCAUGAAAGAGAUGUCAUGGCAACUGAUUCAGAUGAUAGAGUAAGAUUGGGAAUGAGGAAGGAUGAGCUGGAAGUUUGCAAAAAUAAACUUAAAAAAAUAAUGGGUGACUGCAAGGACCAAAUACGAUGCGUGCUAAAAGGGAGAAUUCCUUCAGAUAAAGAUUUGAAGAAGGAGAUCACUCAAGCUUUCAGGUCUGUUGCCAAAGAGCAUGAUGAUUUGAACUCAAAAUGCCUUGAAGCAGAAAAAGAAGUGAAGCUGGUGCAGAUGAAAAUAGAAGAUGCUGAGAGCCACUUGUCUAAGCUUCAAAAAGAUAAGGACGCAAAGAGAAGAUUCCUUGACUUGAAACUCCAGUCGCUGGUCUCAGUUGCUUGUGAUAUUGAAUCUUUUCCUGAUGUUCUGGUUGAGGCUAUGGGGAAAAAAGAUGUGCAAAAAAGCAAAUACAACAUUGCGGAUGGAAUGCGGCAAAUGUUUGAACCUUUUGAAAGAGUUGCACGGGCACAUCAUAUUUGUCCCUGCUGUGAACGUGCUUUCUCCCCUGAAGAGGAAGAUGAGUUUGUUAAGAAGCAAAGAGUGAAAAGCUCAAGCUCUGCAGAACAUAUGAAAAAAUUAGCUGAGGAGUCAUCAAAUUCUGAGUCACAAUUUCACCAAUUGGACAAACUUCGAAUGGUUUAUGAGGAGUCUGUAAAGCUAGGAAAAGAAGCCAUACCUUUUGCAGAGAAAAGUUUGAACCAACUGAUGGAAGACCUAAACGAAAAGUCCCAGGCAUUGGAUGAUCUUGUUGUGGUUCUUGCUCAAGUUAAGGCUGAGAAAGAUGCAGUUGAAGGUUUGUUGCAGCCAGUUGAGACAUUUGAAAAGUUUUUGGGUGAUAGGAAGUCUCUGGAGGAACAAAUUGAGGAUUUGGAAUACAAACUUGAUGUCCGUGGUCAAGGUGUCAAAUCAGUAGAGGAAGUAGUUCUCCAGCUGAAUGCUUUGCAGAACAAAAGGGAGACUCUAAAUCAAGAAGUAGAGAAUCUGAGGGAUGAACAAAGGUACCUAAACCUUGACAUAUCAAAUUUACAGACUCGUUGGCAUUCUGUUAGGGAAGAGAAGCUGAAGGCAACCAAUAUACUGAAUAAAAUUCGGAAGACGGAGGAGGAAUUGGUUCGAUUAGCUGAGGAAAAUGAGCAGCUGGACCUGGAUGAGAAGCAUUUGGCUGAAGAUCUUGUUUCAGUGGUGAAGGAGAAAGACACAUCACUGCUAGAAUACAAUGAGUUGAAAUCCAGACUUGAACAGGAAUAUGAUGAGAUGGCUGAAAAUAAAAGAGUUUUUCAGCAAGAGUUAGAAAAGCUUCUUGCACUUGCUUCUAAGAUCAAAGAGUAUCAGGAUUCUAGGAAAGGAGAGAAGUUGAAAGACCUACAGGACAAGCAUUCUUUAUCCAAAUCUCAACUGCAGAAAUGUGAGAGCAUGAAACAGCAAAUAUCAGCUGAUUUGAACAAAAGUAAAGAGUUAAUGCGAAAUCAAGAUCAUCUAAAAAGAAAUAUUGAUGACAAUCUAAAUUACAGAAAAACAAAGGCUGAAGUUGAAGAACUGACUUGUGAGAUAGAAUCAUUGGAGGAAAAAGUAUUAAGUAUUGGUGGAGCAUCAGCAGUGGAAGCUGAUCUGAAAAGGCAUUUGCAAGAAAAAGAGAGAUUUCUCUCAGAGUUAAAUAGAUGCCAAGGUACACUUUCAGUCUAUCAAAGCAAUAUAUCAAAGAACAAGGUCGAGCUUAAACAGACGCAAUACAAUGACAUAGACCGGCGGUAUUUCAAUCAGCUUAUCCAACUUAAGACCACUGAAAUGGCGAAUAAGGAUCUGGACAGAUACUACAAUGCCCUUGAUAAGGCACUCAUGCGUUUCCACACUAUGAAGAUGGAGGAAAUUAACAAGAUCAUCAGGGAAUUAUGGCAGCAAACAUAUAGAGGACAGGACAUUGACUAUAUAAGUAUUCAUUCUGAUUCUGAAGGUGCAGGCACUCGAUCAUACAGCUACAAGGUGGUCAUGCAGACUGGUGAUGCUGAGCUGGAAAUGCGUGGAAGAUGUAGUGCUGGACAGAAGGUUCUUGCUUCCCUUAUAAUCCGGCUGGCACUCGCAGAAACAUUUUGUCUCAAUUGCGGUAUACUAGCACUUGAUGAACCAACUACCAACUUGGAUGGUCCGAAUGCAGAAAGCCUAGCUGCAGCUCUUGUUAGAAUUAUGGAAGACAGAAAGGGGCAAGAGAAUUUUCAAUUGAUUGUAAUUACUCAUGAUGAACGGUUUGCUCAAAUGAUUGGUCAACGCCAGCACGCGGAGAAAUAUUAUCGUGUCGCCAAGGAUGAGCACCAACACAGCAUUAUUGAAGCGCAGGAGAUAUUUGAUUGACGGACAGCAACAGCCUUAUGGAGUGAUGGAGAAGCAUAAAUGGAACAUGCUAAACAUUUUGGUUUUGCCAUUCCAAGUUAUUAUGAUUUGCCAUAGCAAAAGACUAUCUGUGUUCCAUUUAGGAACGCGUAAUGUGUAAUCUUUAAUUGAUGCAUAGAUAAAACUAGGACCCGGUGGUCUCAUGCACAUAACUGUUUAUGUAAAUUAACCUUUGCUUUCAAUUUCUAAGUGGAAGUGAACGGUUGAAUCAA